AUGUCCACGGCAGUUACAAAAGGCCAAUCGGCCUCCCCAGGCGAGGCCAAGUCGAAACCCACGCUGCACCCCGUUGCGAUGGCCGACACGCCGGCUGCACAGGCCGUUUCCAUCGGGCGACCCGCGCUACUGCUAGGUGCGCUGUACGUGAGAAUGCCAGCCCUCAUCAAUGACCCAGUGGCGGCAUUGAACAGCGCGCUGCCGUUCGUCGUGUUGGUGCAGAUUGCCUACGCCGCCAUCUGCCUGCCCAUUGCCGGUGCCCCGACCGUCGCGAAGUCAACAAAGAAGCCUAGAGCAGGCGAGAAAAAGAGGACGGAGUCAACAGCACCCGCUCUCUUCAAGGCAAGCCUUCCCCAGUCUUCUCAAUCUUUCCUUGCCCUCAUCCUGACCGUCAUCACCGUGCCCGCAGUCCAUAUCCUCUUUGUGCUCUUUGGCGCACCCUUGCUCGAUCACGUUGCCCGAACAUUGCUCUGCGCCGCACACUUCUCCAUCCUCGCAGCGUUCCCGCUGUUCUACACUCGCGGCGUGGAUGCACAGGCCAUGCUGGCACUGGCAGGUGCCUACGCGCCGCUGGAUGAGGUGUCUGGCGGAGUUCUAGGCGCAGUGCUGGGCGCUUGGCUGGGCGCUGUGCCGAUUCCCUUGGACUGGGACCGCGAGUGGCAGAAGUGGCCUAUUACUAUUGUUGUCGGGAUGUACCUGGGCUAUGCGGUGCUUUCCAAGGGCGUUGGGACGCUAUUCUACGGCAAGAGACUCGCCAAAGCGCCAGGGGAAGGCAAUGAGUGA